AUGGAGAACAUCGACUUUGAGCCUCCCAUCGAAACUAUUCUUGAGCAAGGCCAAGAGGAGGAAGACUACGCUCACUCUGGAGCAGCUGGCGAAGGUGAGAGUUCAGGCGACGUGGAGAAUCUCAUGGACUACAAAACCGGAGAGUUCCACUUCAAGAACCACGAGAUCAAAGGGAGGAAGUCAGCGGCUAACACCGCACUUGAGAGCAUCAACACGCUAAAGGCCUGGAACCAGUUCCAGGACAAAGCGAUCAAGUCCCUCCUCAAGACCGUGAAGAAGAUGGGGAAGCGCAUCAAGCAGCUGACAAAGGGUAAGAGCAAGUCUCCCAGCCACGACUCCGACAACACUCCUCCGAUACACCUCGGUUCCUAUCAUGACGACGACGUAGUCGAGGACUCCGAAGAAGGUGAUGAAGGCUCCUCCAAAUUCGAUAAACAAAACGCAGAUGGCCCUGCGUUUUGUUUAUCGAAUUAA